AUGGCAGAGAUAAUUCAGACGAAGGACUUUUUUUUAAACACCGGGGCAAAGAUCCCCGCGAUCGGCUUUGGGACCUGGAAGGCUGGCCCCGGCGAGGCAGCUGCAGCCGUUCAAGCUGCAUUUGAAGCAGGAUAUAGACACUUUGACUGUGCUCCUUUAUACGGAAAUGAAGCAGAAAUAGGGCAGAUAUUCAAGACUACCCAAGUACCACGGAGUGAAUAUUUUGUAACGACAAAACUCUGGUCGUCUGAUCACCGCCGCAUUCAAUCAGCGCUUCAGAAAUCUCUCGAUGACUUGUGCCUAGACUACGUCGACCUCUAUCUUAUGCACUGGCCCGUCACAUUACCUACCUCUACUACUCCCGAGACAUAUGGAAAAGAGGAUCGCACCGUCCACGACCCUGAUUGGGACUUCAUCGACACUUGGCGCGAGAUGGAGAAGCUACUCGCGACUGGAAAAGUAAAGGAUAUUGGGGUAGCUAACUUUUCGACAGUCAAUAUGAGCAAGCUCCUUGGUAGCUGUAAAGUUAUCCCGGCCGUGAAUCAGACAGAGAUACAACCAUUGCUUCCCCAAAAGAAGCUCAACGCACUGUGUCAACAACACGGUAUUCACCAGACAGCAUUUGGUCCACUAGGUGGCAGUGGAAGUACGCUUCAUGAGGAUCCAAUUGUGAACACAAUCGCCAAGAAGAGAGGCUGCAGCUCUGGAAAUGUUUUGCUUAGCUGGGGUGUGAGAAAGGGCUGGAGUGUGAUCCCUAAAAGCACGAAUCCGACACGAAUUGCAUCCAAUCUACAGAAAUGCUUUCAUAUGGACGACGAUGAGACCGCGCAGAUUGACAAUUUGGUUACAACACUAGGAGGAAAGCGAUUCAAUCGUCCAAACUGGGGGACGACCGUUUUCCACGACGAUCAAGAGGCGAACGUGCAGUAA